UGUGCCCAGGGUUUUGGUUUUCGAACCUGCUGACGUGAAGGUGGGCGGGGAAUAAGCGGGGAGAUUUGAAUUUGGAGCGAGUAGGCUGUAAGGCAGCGGGAAGUUGCCGAGGACCGCUAAUGACCUUCGGUUUGUGGAGCUGGUCGUCAACAUGUCCUUUCCUAAGGCGCCCCUGAAACGAUUCAAUGACCCUUCUGGUUGUGCACCAUCUCCAGGUGCUUAUGAUGUUACAACUUCAGAAGUAUUGAAAGGACCGGUAUCUUUUCAGAAAUCACAAAGAUUUAAAAAACAGAAAGAAUCUCAACAAAAUCUUAAUGUUGACAAAGAUAUUACCUUGCCUGCUUCAGCAAGAAAAGUUAAGACUUUGGGAUUAAAGAAGGAGUCUCAAAAGAAUGAUAAAGAUUUGAAGAUACUAGAAAAAGAGAUUCGUGUUCUCGUGCAAGAACGUGGUGCUCAGGAUAAGCGGAUCCAGGAUCUGGAAGCCGAGUUAGAGAAGACAGAGGCUAAGCUAAAUGCUGCAGUCAGGGAGAAAACAUCUCUCUCUGCAAGUAAUGCUUCACUAGAAAAACAGCUUAUUGAAUUAACCAGGACUAAUGAGCUACUAAAAUCAAAGUUUUCUGAAGAUAAUAACCAGAAGACUAUGAGAAUUCUAAGCCUCGAAUUAAUGAAACUUAGAAACAAGAGAGAAACAAAGAUAAGGAGUAUGAUGGCUAAACAGGAAGGCAUGGAGGUGAAGCUACAGGUCACUCAGAAGAAUCUUGAGGAGUCUCAGGGGAAAAUAGCACAACUGGAGGGGAAACUUGUUUCAAUAGAGAAGGACAAGAUUGAUGAAAAAUCCGAAACAGAAAAACUCUUAGAAUACAUCGAAGAAAUUAGUUGUGCAUCAGAUCAAGUGGAAAAAUACAAGCUAGAUAUUGCCCAGUUAGAAGAAAAUUUGAAAGAGAAGAAUUAUGAAGUUUUAAGCCUUAAGCAAUCUCUUGAGGAAAAUGUUGCUAUGCUUUCUAAACAAGUCGAAAACCUAAAUGCUAAGUGUCAGCUGCUUGAAAAAGAAAAAGAAGACCUCAUCAACAGGGAUAGGGAACAGGAUGAAGCUCUGAAUUCUGAAAUGCAAAACUUAAAGGAGAAACUUAUUCUUGAAAAGGAAGAACAUGAAAAGUUACGACAAAAAGAACUGCAAAGUGAUUCACUUCUGCAACAAGAGAAGGAGUUGUCCUCCAGUCUUCAACAGAAGCUAGGUUCUUUUCAAGAGGAAAUGAUGAAAGAGAGAGAUCUCUUUGAGGAAGAAUUAAAGCAAACACUGGAAGAACUAGAUAAAUUACAGCAAAAGGAGGAACAAGCUGAAAGGCUGAUUACACAAUUGGAAGAGGAAACAAAAUCUAGAGCUGAGGAACUGAAACUCCUAGAAGAAAAGCUGAAAGGGAAAGAAGCUGAACUAGAGAAAAGUAACGCUGCUCACGCUCAAGCCACCCUGCUUUUACAGGAAAGGUAUCAGAGUACAGUGCAAAACCUCGGAGAUGUUACUGCUCAAUUUGAAAGUUAUAAAGCAUUAACAGCUAAUGAAAUAGAAGAUCUUAAGCUGAAGAAUUCAGCACUUCAGGAAAAAGUGGCCAGUGCCGAGAAAAGUGCAGAGGACGUUCAACAUCAGAUAUUGGCAACUGAGAGCGCAAAUGAAGAAUAUGCAAGGAUGCUUCUAGAUCUGCAGACCAAAUCAGCACUUAAAGAAGCAGAAAUUAAAGAAAUCACAGUGUCUUCUCUUAAAACAAUAACUGAUUUGCAGAACCAACUCAAGCAACAAGGUGAAGAGUUUAGGAAACAACUGGAAGAGGAAGAAGCAAGAAAAGCUGGAAAAGAAAACACAGUGGCAGAAUUAACUGAGGAAAUGAAUAAGUGGCAUCUCCUUUAUAAAGAACUGUAUAAUAAAACAAAACCUUUCCAGCUACAACUGGAUGCUUUUGAAGCAGAGAAACAGGCUUUGUUGAAUGAACAUGGAGCAGCUCAGGAACAGCUUAAUAAACUAAGAGAUUCUUAUGCUAAAUUACUGGGUCAUCAAAAUCUAAAGCAAAAAAUCAAGCAUGUUGUGAAACUGAAAGAUGAAAAUAGCCAACUCAAAUCGGAGGUGUCAAAACUCCGCUCUCAGCUUGCUAAGAAAAAACAAAGUGAAACAAAACUUCAGGAGGAAUUGAAUAAAGUUCUGGGUAUCAAACACUUUGAUCCUUCAAAGGCUUUUCUUCAUGAAAGUAAAGAAAAUUUUGCUCUCAAAACCCCAUUGAAAGAAGGCAAUACAAACUGCUGUUGAGCUCCUGUGGAGUUUUAAGAAUGAUGCAAGUAAACAUCUGAAAGACCUGUUAAAGAUUAUUUCAUUCUUAGUAUUUUUAUUAUUGUUAUUGCUAUUGUUGCUGUUACUAUUAUGUUUGUAAUGAGUAUUUUUAAUGUAUUUAAUAUUAACUUCCUAUCCUUACGUAUGUAAAUGGAAGUUCAACAUUUUUA